AUGACGCAGGUUCUUGGACAAGGCUGCGGUGGAGACGGCAGGCGACAAGGCGGGGCGGCAGACGAGUCCAUGGCAGCUGUGCACGGUGACGCAGGUGGAGGAGCUCAAGUGCGUGCUGCAGUCAUCGGCAGCUUCCGCGUCCCGGCCGCCGUGCUAUCCGUCUUCGGCACCCUCAGUGUCAUGCUCUGGGUGCCCCUCUACGACUGCGCUGUUGUCCCACUCGCGAGCAGCCUCACGGGCUACCGCCAUGGGUUCACGCAGCUAGCGCGGAUUGGCGUCGGCUUCGUCGUCCUCACCGUCGCCAUGCUGCUCGCUGGCGCGCUCGAGGUCGCCCGCCGCCGUGUCCUCGCGCACCAUGGCACGUACGUCGGCGCGGACGGCGCGCGGUAUGUGCCUAUGUCAAUCUUCUGGCAGGUACCGCAGUAUGUGGUGGUGGGCGCGGCAGAGGUGUUCACAUUCAUCGGCCAGAUGGAGUUCUUCUACGAUCAGGCGCCGGACGCCAUGCGGAGCAUCUGCUCAGGCCUCGCCAAAGCGGCUAGAAAUGGGACGCCACCAAUUAGGACACCACACGGCGGCGGGUCCCUUAAGCGACCAAUCCAAUGUUUUACUGGACAUCAUUUAAGGGAAGAUGCUUUCAGCCAAUCCGAAGAUUCUAUGGGCCGUGAACAGACCUCCACGGGCUAA